UACUUUUCCGAGUGGCACUACUUGUCAGAAAAUUGGACGCACUUCGUCAGCAACAACGGCCGGACCGAAAUUCCUAACCUCCAAUAUGACUCAUGUUUUGUUUCACGCAAUUUGACAAGAAGACCGGAUCUUUGCUCUUACCGUCGACGUAAUGAAUGAAAUGGGCAUCGUAACGCUAAAUUAGACAGUUUGAUGUAUCUCCGGGCGACGUGUACAUUUUAUAUGCACCGAUAUCUGUGCAUUUGACAGGUAUGGAUGAUCAGAUUCUCUCGGAGCUGAUUAUGAAAGAAGAGGAGAACGAGGGUGUAAAGGAGGGUCGUCGCUCCAGCGAAAGCGGCAAAAGCAUUACACCCGACGCUUCGGCCAUUGGAAUACGACCGAAACCUGUGAUUCGCAAACCGGAGAAUGUGAGCAUCGGCUGCAAAUCGGAGCCGAUCGAGACGAAGUGGCAUUGGGCCCCAGGAGCGUGGCAAGACGCGACUAGGACUAGUGCGUUUCAGCCUUACAAGCCACCAACCUUACUCACAAAUUUGCAAAGGGGCAAUACUCAAACCCAAAUACCUCAGCUCUACGUGGGGAAUGACAUCACCUUUCAUACCUUGGCAGGUCAAGGUGAACUUACGCCUGAACAUAUGCAGUCAAAUUCAAUAGAUGCAACCGAUGAGAAAGGAUUGACAGGACUGAUGUGGGCUGCUGGUUACGGACAGUUAGGCAGUGCCAGGCAAUUACUCAAAUGGGGCGCCGAUGUAAAUUAUCGUGGGCCAAAAUCAGAGACAACUCUACAUUUAGCAGCUGCAUAUGGUCACCACGAUCUUGUUAAGUUAUUGUUGAAUAAUGGUGCUGAUCCAAAUGCAUGUGAUGAGGAUGGCAAUACACCAUUGAUAUAUGGGGCAUAUUGUGACCAUCCGCAUGUGUGUCAUGAAUUGUUAACAAAAGGUGCAGAUGUAACACUCAGUAACUCUUCAAACAUAACUGCUUAUAAAGCAGCAAUAAUGAAUCACUCAAUGAACGCUAAAGCAGUUAUUGAGAAUUAUUUGAUACCGCAAAUUAUAAGUAUGUCGACGGAAGAAAUGCAAUGAUUUAACAUCUGUACAUACAUAUACAUAUUUCGCUUUCUGCAAAGUGUAAAUAAAAACGCUCCGCUACAUAUCUGUGUACGGACAUUUUAACUGUAAAAAGACAUUAUAUACAUGAAGACAUAUUUUUAACAAAUGUUACAAUAAAAGAAAAAAAAGAAUAAAGUAGCAACACAUUGCGUAAGAUAAUUUUUAUUAGGUAAGGUGUAUUGACUUACGAAACGAAUAACAAAAUUUUAUAUAUAUAUAUUUGGUAAUAAUACAAUUUUUUCUGUCCAAUUGCGUAUGCUAUUUCUCGCUAAGAUAUGCUGAAUAAUACAUACUGAAUAAAAAGUAAAAACGACAAAAUUUGGCUUACAAUGCAUGAUAUAGUUUCCAAUUUUUCUAAUUAAAAUAUAAUUCUCUUGUUUUUAUACAAACUUAUAUAAGUAUUCGGCAUCAGAUAUAGCUAAUCAUUAUCCGCAAUAAAUCGAUACAGUACAUAAAUACCGCACGACGCGUACCAACAAACAUAUCUUCAUUGAUCAUAUAAGAGGAAUGAUUGUAUGGCAAUAAAAUUAGAAAAUUAAACGAUAA